GUUUAGAGUUCCCUGAUAUCUGCUGACUAUUGAGGCCUAGGACGGCAUCCCCAAUAGAGUUCAGAAUAGAGAGGGGGAGAGGAAGAGAGAGAGAGAAAUAUUGAUACGAGAGAGGAGCAUUCAUUGGUUGUCUACGGGACGCACCGAGACUGGGGAUCCUACAUGCCCAGACUGGCGAUUGAACCCACAACUUAGGACCCGACAAUGUCUCUGUAUUGUGGAAUUGCUUGCAGGAGAAAAUCUUUUUGGUGCUAUAGGCUGCUGUCAACCUAUGUCACUAAGACCCGGUAUUUAUUUGAACUGAAGGAAGAUGAUGAUGCAUGUAAAAAAGCCCAGCGGACAGGAACAUUUUACCUCUUUCAUAACCUGGUUCCUUUGCUUCAGAAAUCAGAACAUCACUACCUGCUGCCCCAGUUUAGCCUAUUAGAGUUGGAAAAGCUCCUGGGUAAGUUUGGACAGGAUACACGAAGAAUAGAAGAUUCUGUGCUGAUUGGAUGCUCUGAACAGCAUGAAGCACAGUUUGCCCUGGACCUAGGUCUAAAUAACUCCUCUUCCAUAAAUGCUUCUGUACAGAAACCAGAAAUGGAGACAGAGCUCAAGGGGUCUUUCACUGAGUUGAGGAAGGCUCUCUUUCUGCUGAAUGUGAAGGAUGCCUCCUUGCUAUCCACGGCUCAGGCUCUCCUCCGCUGGCAUGAUGCUCAUCAGUUCUGCAGCAGAAGUGGGCAGCCCACCAAGAAGAAUAUGGCUGGCAGCAAGCGUGUGUGCCCUUCUAAUAAGAUCAUAUAUUAUCCACAGAUGGCUCCUGUGGUGAUCACUCUGGUGUCAGAUGGGACUCGAUGCCUGCUUGCCCGUCAGAGUUCCUUCCCCAAGGGAAUGUACUCUGCCUUGGCAGGUUUUUGUGAUAUAGUGCUUGUAGGUGAAAGUCUGGAAGAGGCAGUCCGGCGAGAAGUUGCAGAAGAGGUGGGCUUGGAGGUGGAAAGACUGCAGUACUCUGCGUCCCAGCACUGGCCCUUUCCUAACAGCUCACUCAUGAUUGCUUGCCAUGCAGCUGUGAGUCCAGGACAGACAGAGAUCCAGGUGAACUUGAGAGAACUAGAAGCAGCUGCCUGGUUCAGCCAUGAUGAAGUGGUCAUGGCCUUGAAGAGAAAUGACCCAUAUACUAUGCAACAGAGGGGGACUUUCCCAUUCUGGUUGCCUCCUAAGUUAGCCAUUGCCCACCAACUGAUUAAGGAGUGGGUGGAAAAACAAACCUGUUCUUCCCUGCCUGCUUAGCUCAGAUCAAGCCACCUAGAUUGCUACUCAGUAUCUCAGAAGGACAUGUCAAGUAUCAGUUAAAAAGGAGAGGUGACAAAAUGCCAUAUCCAGUCAACCUCAUGUUAAGGCAGAGUAAGGUGAGCAGAGAAUAGGAAAUCAAAAAUGCCAGAAUGAGAAAAACCAAUGAGAUGGCAAUUGUCAAAGCCAGAAAGAAGGUUGAAGCUUUAGUUUAGAUGUAGGCCUUUCUCCAAGGCCUUGGGAGCAAAUAACUUUUGGCAUAUGGCUUCUUAAUGCUGGGUUUAUAUCUAACUACCAAAAUGUGCCUGGUAUAAUUUUUGUUAAAACUUUUAUCUUAGUAUUAAAAAUAUAUAGCAAAUCUCAACCCACUGAGUUACUUUUUAUCUUCAUAGACUUAAUAGAAAUAGCACAACAUUUUUUUUUUUAGAUUUUAUUUAUUUAUUUUUAGAUGGGGGGGGGAAUGGAGGGAGAAAGGGAGAGAAACAUCAGUGUGUGGUUGCCUCUCAUGUGCCCCCUACUGGGGAUCUGGCCUGCAACCCAGGCAUGUGCCCUGACUGGGAGUCAAACCAACAACGCUUUUGUUCAUAGGCUGGUACUCAAUCCACUGAGCCACACCAGCCAAAGCAACAACAUAACAUUUUUGAAUUCACACACAGGUGAUUAUUUUGUACAAUGUAGUUAAAUAGAAGUCAUGGUUCUUUUAAGUCACCUGAAGGGAUGAGGAAUAGGAGCUAAGGCCUUCCUCAGCGCCCUCUGUAAUAAAUCAGAUGCAAUGAAGUUCUGUUGUGGUAACAGCAUGCCAGUGGGGCACAAGGUGGGAAGGUUUUUUGUUGUUACUUGCUCAGUUUGUGACCCGAGGCCAGGAUUAUCAUUUUGCUGUGCCUAUUUUCCCAAAUGUAAAAUGACUUGCCAUUUGUACAUCCAGUAAGUAUAACUUCAACUAAGAGAUUAGUAAGGGUGAACCACUUCUUGAGUUUUAUGGGAUAAACUAAACUUCCCAUUUCUCAUCAUUCAUAUGUGCCAUUUUAUACCAUGUCAUAAGGGAGAAGAAUUUAUCUGGAGGAAAUAAAAUAAAUUUCCACACCUUUGUUCAGAUGUAUUUUCUGUUUUAUGAGUGAAGAAAUUGCAGAAA